AUGAAUCAGAGUUCGGCACAGGUCUGGGUUCGUAUUCACGGCUUGGCACAGGAAUACUGGAGGCCGAAAAUUUUAUUUACGAUUGCAAGCAGCAUUGGUACGCCCAUCUGCAUUGACUCAACAUCCAACAAACCCAUGCUCGAGCGUCCCUUUGGACAUUAUGUAAGGGUUCUUGUAGACAUAGACCUUCUGAACGAAUUACGGGACAAAAUCCUAGUAGAAAGGGCAGGAUACGCCUUCUUUGUGGAUAUCGAAUAUGAAAAACUCCCUGAGUUCUUCGAUACAACUCCACCGGAUGCAGGACAAACUAGUGGGAUCCAAAAAGUUCUGGAGAUCAACCCAGCUGAUCGUUCAUUGAUAGAAGAUGUUAACCAAACCCCUCUGGCCGAGAAAAACGCACAAGCUACUACACACAAGUCCGACAGCAAUACCUUUCAAAUAGAGUUUCAAAACAACAACACUAUUCUCAUCCCCAUCGCUGAAAUUGAAAACAACAGACUGGCAGAAGAAACAAACCAGGCUAUCAUUCUCAAACAGGCUGCUACUCUCAACCACUUGGACGACUCAAGCUCUGAUUCUGAAAUAGUUGUGGAAACACAGAUGGAUAAAUUGAAAAGCCUUGCAAAUAAAUUCCUCACUGAUUCUUGGGGAAAUUUGGCUGAGCAGCUGGAAAAGAUUGGCUCUUCGGAGGAGGACGACGGAAAUUUUACUGAAGUGAUUACUAAAGCCAGAAAGAAAAAGAGCAAAAGGAAAACAAAAAUCAAAGAGAUUUCAAGUACCAGACCCAAAGCUGGUUCCGAGAAAACCUCUCAAUGA